AUAUCACAAUAGAUUUUUUUGACUUCUUAAAAUGGCAUCUUCAGAAAUAAAUGACUUUUUAUGUGGUCCAUUAGUAACAUGGUUUAUCAGUUGUCUAGAAGAUUCAAAUGCUUUAACUAAUUAUGAUGAUCUUGUUGAUGGAGUUUUAUUACACAAUGUUUUUCUUCAAAUCGAACCAGAACCUGUACAUGAUAGAGUAAUACCAUCGGGUGGAGACUCAAGAGUACGUGUAAAAAACUUAGAAAUUAUUGUUGAUAAUAUAAAGCAAUUUUACGAAGAGCAAUUAGGUCAUUUACUUCUAACUACACCAGAUACUUUUAAGUUAGGAAGAGAUCCCGAACGACAUGUUGCAGAAGCUAAAUUAUUGUUAUUAUUACUAUUAGGUUGCGCUGUACAAUGUUCAAAUAAAGAAGAUUUUAUAAUAAAAAUUAAAACAUUAAAUGUUGAUACACAAUUAGCAAUAGUUGACUGUAUUAAACAAGUAACAGAUUAUCAGGAUAUUGUAGUAACACAAGAAUCUAUGGAAAAUGUUAAUAUGGGAACAGUAUUUACAAGAGUAAAAAAGUUAAUGCAAGAGAAAAAUGCCUACUGCACAAAACUAAUAAAUAUGCAAAUAGUUAAUACAAGUAGUGAUACUGAGAGCUUUUCAGAUUGCAUUACGAGUAAUAAUGCAAUUGAUGGAAAUGAAAAAAAUGUUUUAUUAGGAAUUGUUCAAGAUAUUUCUGGGUCAGAAAGAGGAGAUAUACCGUCACAAAAAAUAAGUGGAAUGACAGGAUCGUCAAUGACAAGUAAACUAGAAAGAUUAUUUAAUCCUUCUAGUGAUAAUGGUCGGGAUAGUAAUACAAGUAGAGAAGAAGCUCAUCGUUAUGCAGUUGAGUUAGCUGAUUGGAAAUCAAAAGUAAGAAAACAGAGACAAGAGCUUGAAGAGAAGACAGAAGCUUUGAUUGAAUGUAGAGAAGAACUAGAGCAUAACAAAGGAGCACUGAUAAAACUAAGAGAAGAAUAUCAAGAACUAUUAUUAGAGGCAAGAACAGCAAAAUCUUAUAGAGAUGAGUUAGAUGCAGCAAUUGAAAGAGCAGAAAGAGCUGAUCGCUUAGAAACAGAAGUUGCUCGCUACAGAGAAAAGCUGACUGAUAUAGAAUAUUAUAAAAGUCGAAUAGAAGAACUAAGAGAAGAUAAUCGAGUACUAAUGGAAACAAGAGAGAUGUUAGAAGAGCAAUUGAAUUCAGCAAGGAAAAGGUCAGAGAAGGUUUUAGAGUUAGAGUCACAAAUAAUAAAAUAUGAACAACUGCUGAAUGAUAUGGCUUUGGAGCGUGUAGCAGACAAGGAUAAAUAUCAAGAAAUUUGUGAGGAAAAUGCACAAUUACAACGUCUCAUCAAAAGUGUGGCUAGCGAAGUAGCCAGUGGGGCUCUUAACUCUUUAACAGGAAUUGGCUCUGCAAGUGAUUCCGAGGCAGAUCCAGGUGACAACUCUGGAGUUUCCACAGAUAAUAGAUUAUCAGAGCAACUGUCGAAUAAUGCACAAGCCCGAGCAUUGAAACUUGAGCUCGAAAAUCGCCGUUUGACAAAUUUAAUUGACUCUCUUAAAGAGAAAUCCUUCCAUGAGAGUGCCUCCAGAGUAUUGGAAUUGGAAAAAGAUAAGAAAAAAUUGUCUCUAAAAGUGGACUCAUUGAGUGAUAAUACAGAGCGACUGAGCCAACAAAAUAAGGAUUUAGAACACGUUUGUAAACAAACACUCGAAGAGAACAAAAAGUUGCAAAUCUGUUUAUCUAAUCAACGAAAUAAUCUUGAUAAACAGCAACAGGAAAUACAAACGUUGCAGGGAAAACUGACUGAGCUCGAGAGGAGUUAUGAGACGAUGAUUGCUAAGGAGAGACAGCGGUUGCAAACACUUUUGGAGAGUGCUGAAAAGCGUGCUGAGGAUGCUGAGAGAAGUACAUCAAACAAAGAUCGUGAAGUUAAUGAACUCAAACUGGUGAGUGAGAUGACAAGUCGCGAGGUCAAAGAAAAACGGACUGAAAUCGAAGCGAAACUUGCAAUGCUCGAAAAAGAUAAGGAUACUGCACAUCGAGAGAUACAGAAACUACGAGAACUCGUGGAAAUCAAGGAUGUUGCCCUUGACAAAACCACUAAUACCAUCGAGAUUCUUGAAAAAAAGGUCGUUCGUUUUCAGCAAGAAAUUGAUAACUCGGCUGCACAGAUAUUUCGUCUUCGAGAAAUCGAGCGCUCAAGCAAAGAGUUGGAUUCACGCGCUGCCAUUGAUAGGGAAGCUCUUGAAAGUCUACAAUCGAACUUGGUUGCAGAGAAACUGAAUGUACAACAGGUGCACACAACGCUUGAGAAACUUGGACUCGAUGCCGAAAUCGUACGCUCACUGCCGACUGAUGAAAUCUUAGACAGAAUAUCAAAAGUACCGGAAGUUGUGAGUCGAGUAAUUCAACAGCAAGAUGUGUCCAAGGAAAGUAUCAAAAUAUCGACUACACCCGUAGUGCCGGCUCUUAAAACUGACGACCAAGAGAGUCUUCAGGCGCGGCUUGCAAUUCUUCAGGCCAAUUUCGAGAGUCUAUUUUCAGAAAAGGCGAAGCUCCAAGUGCACAUCACACGACUUGAGUCGCAAAGUACUUCAUUAACUUCGCAGCAGUCUGCUUUACAACUGAAGAAUUCUCGAUUAGAGGCAAGCAUAGAUGAACUUACAAAUGAACAUACGGCUUUAGAACGAAAACACGGCGAGUUGAGCAGAGACCAAAAGCGACUGCAGUUAUUACAUGAGCAACUUAAUACCGAAUAUGAGUGUCUAUCACGAGAGAAGGAUACACUUAAGGUCAACUUAAGAGACUCAAAAAAUGAGACGCGAAUAUUACGUGAAUCGACUGAAUGCUUCGAGGCCAAGUGUCUAAGCCUACAAAUGGAGCGUGACGGUCUCUUAGCGAAUGCUAAAAGCCUGGGUAAUUUACGCGGCGAACACUCGAAACUUAAGGAAGACUUCAGAAAUCUCUAUACCAAUACUGAAAGCCUUAAGACACAAUAUCGUAGUCUCCAGGAGGAUUAUCGAAAAAAUAAACUCGAAAACAACCGAUUGAGUCUUAGACAGACGGAGAUGCAGGGAGAGUUGAGUGCCAAAGAUGAACGUCUGGCAAGUCUCGAACUUCAGAUUGGUAAGCUAAAUCAGCAUUGUGAAAUCCUCCUGCAAAUGAAUACGGGCUUGGAUAGUGAUCGUCGCUCUCUCAUGGAUCACGUAUCUCUGUUGCUCAGCCAAUAUCACGAGUUACUCACCCAUGCACUUGAGGACAAAGAGCAUUACCAUACUGAGGAAAAGAUCUAUACAGAUAAAAUGAAUCAUCUACGUCGACAAAAAGAGAAACUUGAAGAAAAAAUCAUGGAACACUACAGGAAACUCGAUAAUUGUUCGACAAAAAAGAAGAGUUUAGGUGCGAGCUUAGUGAGACGUGUCCGAAAAGCCGGCUCGGGACUCUUUAAUAGGACAAAUCGGCGCUCGUCCUGGAGUGCCAAUACUACUCUUUUAUUAGACGACAAUUCCAUGAAGUCAUCAUUCGCGAGCAAUGAAAAAGCUUAUGAUGACGAAGACGGUGACGAGGAUGAGGACAAUGUUGGGGCCGAUCUUGAGGAAGAGGUCACCCGACAGCUUGAAUCUAAUUCCAGUGACGAAGAUUCAAAUGUCUUAGACUCACAACUUGAGCCCGACGCCCUUCGUACCGAUGAUCCUCUCUCUUUAGCACACCCCGGUACUAGGAGAACAGUUUAUUACACGGAUGACGCGUCGCCCUCUUUAACACACACCACCAGUCAAGAAAGACCCGAUACGGAGGAUUCCUCACUCUACCAUCAACAGCAACAGCAACAGCAACAGCAACAGCAACGUCAUCGAAACAACGACACCGAAUCAAGACCACUUCUUAUUUAUAAUAAAGUAUCUGCGGUUAUAAAUGACUCCAUGGCUACAACUUCGACCACGCCCAAAAAAAAUUUGGACGACUCAAAAAACAUUGAUCUAGUAGAUGUAUCCAAUGAUAAGGACCGAAAAACUGCCAAUUCGGUUUGGUAUGAAUAUGGUUGUGUUUGAUCAAUACUAAUACUAAUUAAAUAAAAAUCUUUAUUACAAGAAUUAAUUAGUAUGAACAAAAUUAAUCA